GCCAUGCAGGUGAAGUUGUAGUCAGGUGUGUGUGUGUGUGUCUAUAAAUCCACACCCCUUUGCAACGAGUAACAUCCAAAAUACGCUAACAAGAGCGCUGGGCAGCUCAGCUGCCUCCAAGUGACUCUCUAGAGUACACAAUGCUACAUUCUGCUCUGGCCCUCUGCCUCCUGCUGAUCACAGUUUCUUCCAACCUUGCCAUUGCUAUCAGAAAAGAAAAGAAAUCUCCUCAGACACUCUCAAGAGGGUGGGGAGACGACAUCACGUGGGUGCAAACUUACGAAGAAGGUCUCUUUCAUGCUCACAAAAGUAACAAGCCACUGAUGGUUAUUCACCACCUGGAGGACUGUCAGUACUGUCAAGCACUAAAAAAGGAAUUUGCCAAAAAUGAAGAAAUACAAGAAAUGGCACAAAAUGACUUCAUCAUGCUGAAUCUCAUGCAUGAGACCACAGACAAGAACUUGUCUCCUGAUGGGCAGUACGUGCCAAGGAUUAUGUUUGUUGACCCUUCUUUGACUGUCAGAGCUGAUAUAACGGGAAGAUACUCUAACAGACUAUACACAUAUGAACCCCAGGACUUACCCAUGUUGAUAGACAACAUGAAGAAAGCACUAAGACUUAUCCAGUCAGAGUUGUAAAGAAUGAUGGAAAGAUUCUUCCACUCUAAGAAGUCAAACGUGUGACACACUGGCUCACUAACAAACACCAAAUGUGCAAAUAAUGGAUUUUGAAACAUCACUAUUUAGCUUUGUGACAUGUCUUUGAUAGUUUAUGAAGGUAAAACUAUAUUUUAAUAAAUGUUAAACUGUGUGGUGAUGCUGUAGCUUGAUGUUUACCUGUAUGUGUAGCCAAGACAGUUUGCAUGAGUUCAGAGUUGCUAGGCUUUGUAUAUCCAAUAUCCCCCCUGACUCAUGUCUUGAUGGCUUGGUUCUCAGAUAGUACAGAAGUUCUGGAGACUUUGAAGGUGGGAUCUAGCUAGAGGUCAUAGAUCAUGAUGGGUAGCACAUUGAAUGUAUCUCAUCCCUGACACUUUCUUAUCUUGCUCUCUAUUUCCUAUUGACCAAGAAGAGGAAC